AUGACGUCGGGGUUGACACUCUCUUUCAUCGGAUGCGGAAACAUGGGAUCCGCCAUCCUGAAAGGCCUCUUGGACGCAACCCGUCCGGAGCAAGAAUCAGGCAUCACGCCAAAGAUUUCCCACUUCCUAGUCAGCACAAAGACUGCAGCAUCUGCAGAGAAUCUCCGAAAUACAUUCGGCGAGGAUGAGCCCCGGGUUAUGUUCGGACAUGGCCAAAACGUGCAAGCCAUACGAGAGGCUGACGUUGUCCUCCUUGCGUGCAAGCCGUUUCUGGCCGAGGCGAUUCUCAGUGAAGAAGGUAUACGAGAGGCCCUGGAGGGCAAGUUCGUGAUCAGUAUUAUGGCAGGGAAGUCGCCGGAGGAGAUCGAGAAUUUUAUCUACUCAGAUCAUCAUCCUCCACCGGGCAUUGAGACCGGUAUUAGGCCAGUUAUUGUUCAGGCCAUGCCUAAUGUCGCGGCUCGGAUCCGCCAGUCUUUGACUAUCAUUGAGUGUAAUCGUGAUUUGCCGGACAAUCUCCAUGAGACUCUAGACUGGAUCUUCUCGCAGAUAGGGACUGUUAAAUACCUACCUUCGGAGCUGUUUAAUGUGGGCGGCCUGCUGGCGGGGUCCUCGAUGGCGUUGCUUACCGUCCCAUUGGAUGGGAUCCUGGAUGGAUGUGUGGUGGAAGGGCUCCGUCGGGGGGAGGCGCUGCAGAUGGCAGCCCAGGUGUUAUCGGGGAUGGCGGGAUUGUUAAAGGAGGGUGAGCACCCCGCGAUGUUAAGGGAAAGUAUUUCGUCGCCGAAGGGGUGUACGAUCCAGACUUUGUUAACGGUGGAGAGGGAGGGGACGAGGGGGACAUUUGCGGACGCAAUUGUGAAUGGGACGAAGCAUUUGACGGGCAGAAAAUAG